ACAGGCACAGCAAGGUCAACAAGAAGCAGUGAAGAAGGAGAAAUUGACUCUGUCAGAGGAACAAGAAAAGCAAGAGCAGAAGCAAACCGGCCAACAGAAGAAAGGAGGAUCUGGUCUGCCGGCACUGGCCAUCUUCGCCGUUGGCUUCCCUCUGGGCUGGUAUCUGAGCGAUUACAGACCAUUUGGCAGGAGUAAUGCGUCCUCUGAACCCUCCGAUUUCAUCAAGUACACAUUAGCUGCCAAGGAGGAUGUCUCUUCUACGGCUGCCAUUUUCAGAUUAAGGCCUUCCUCAAAAGCCACAAUUGAUCUUGACGACCCAAAUCUUGAGCGAGCUAUUACAAGCGUCGAAUUCAAGCAGCCUCAGUUGCAAAUUGCGCGAUCAUACACGUGUCUGCCGCAGGAGCGUGGACAGCACAUGGACGAGCUGCGGUUCUUGAUUCGCAAAGAGCGCAAAGGCGAGGUCUCCAAUUACUUGCACAGGCUACCAAACAACGCUGAGAUAGACGUGCGCGGCUUAUAUCCAGAGUAUGUUCUGCCUGAGGACAUACAGAGCGUGGCAUUCCUGGUUGGAGGCACAGGCAUUGCUCCUGCAAUGCAAGCAGCAGAUAUUCUCGCUGGUCAAGCAGACAUCCACAUUCUAUGGUCGAGCCGGAGAAGAGAAGAUUGCAUAGGCGGCUACAACGACACCAAGCCAGCUAGUCAGCGCUGGAGCUUUUGGCCACGCUCAACGCCUGUCCAAAACUCCUCUGACGCUGCCGAUCUGCAGGGCGUCGAGAAGGGAGCUCUGGUGUCUAUGCUGGAGAGGUUGAAGACCAAUUCAGUUUCAGAAGACGAACAGAGGUCACGCUUGUCAGUGGACUAUUUCAUUGACGACGAGGGCAGUUUCGCGAACCCGGAAGAUGUGAAGCGCAUGCUGAGCUCGCUUUCAAAAGGGGACCAAUCUGGUCGCAAGAUUUUGAUCGUCUCUGGCCCCGAGGGUUUUGUAGGCCACUGGGCUGGAUCUAAGCAAUGGUCAGAUGGACGAGAAGUCCAGGGUCCACUUCGAGGUAUUCUUUCCACCCUUGAUCUCGAGGGCUGGGAAGUCGUGAAGCUAUGAGCGGAGAUGCUUUACUUUGUUUCAAGCAGCUUUGAGCAUCAAGGAUUUCUUAAACCCU